AUGCCUCCGCAAAACGCAUAUGCCACGGGACCCAGGCAAGUGGCAGAUCGCCUGAGAUUAGGCCAGACAGUUGAGCCCGAAGGCUUUGACAGCGUCACAGUGUUCUUCUCCGAUGUUGUCAAAUUUACACAACUGGCUGCUAAGUGCACUGCAUUCCAAAUUGUGAAUCUCCUAAACGAUCUGUAUAAUGGAUUUGACUCGAUCAUCGAAGAGCACUCCGUGUACAAG